UGGGAUUUCUACAUUUGAGUCACAUUGAACAAUUAAUAAGGCCUAAAGAUUGGCACCUUGUGUUCUUUCCUACAAAGCCGAUCGAUUCCUGUGGUCUGAGUAGUGUUACGAUAUAUAUCUACCCCACCAUCAACCUCGAGACCCACGACCAUAAUACCAACAAAACAUGGCGGACGCAGUCAAACAAGCCGUCGAGGGUGUCGUAGAGAAUGUCAAGAAAUUAGCCGUAUCGAACGAGGAGAAGCCACAGAAAGAGAAGAAGGAGAAGAAGAAGAAGGGCGGAGAGGCUGCAGAUGGCCGUCCCUUAGAGUUGAAGCCCCAAGCGGCGUUCAUUGACCACCGAAUCCAGAUAUUCGAGAAGCUCAAGGCGAAGUAUGACGAGGAGAUUGCCCAAAAGCCCCGCGAGGAUAUCACGGUCACGCUCGGAGACGGUAAGACUAUCAUCGGAAAGUCAUGGGAGACGAGCCCUGCAGAAAUCGCCAGAAACAUCAGCAAGAGCUUGUUUGAGCGCACGGUUAUUGCGCGCUUGGAUAAGGGAACUGAGAACGAGACCCUUUGGGAUUUGGAACGACCACUGGAGAAGAGCUGCGCGCUAGAACUUCUGCCAUUCGAGGAUCCAGAAGGAAAAAGGGUUUUCUGGCACUCCAGUGCGCAUAUCUUGGGAGAGGCUGCUGAACGUCGUUUUGGCUGCGACCUUUGCAUCGGUCCCCCUAUCGAUGAUGGAUUCUAUUACGAAAUGGCCUUGCCAGAGAAGGCUGCUGUUGAGACCACCGAUCACAAGCCUCUUGAGACCAUUGUCAGCAGCAUUGUCAAGGAGAAGCAAGUGUUCCAACGUCUCAGCCUAUCCAAGGAUGAUCUCUUGGAAAUGUUCAAGUCAAACCCAUACAAACAGCACAUCAUCAAGGACAAGAUCCCUGACGGCACUUUCACCACGGUCUAUCGAAACGGUCCCCUUAUCGAUCUUUGCAGAGGACCCCAUGUUCCCCACACUGGACGCAUAAAACAGUUCAAGGUCAUGAAGAACAGUGCCUCGUAUUUCCUCGGAGACGCCAACAACGACAGUCUUCAACGAAUCUACGGCGUCUCAUUCCCAGACAAGGAUCAAAUGCAGGCGCAUCUUAAGUAUCUCGAGGAGGCCGCCAAGCGUGACCACCGAAAGAUUGGUAAGGAACAAGAGCUCUUCUUCUUCCACGAGUACAGUCCAGGUUCUUGCUUCUUCUUGCCCCAUGGCAUGAUCAUCUACAACACACUUCAAGCCUACCUUCGCCAGCAGUACUGGGUACGCGGAUAUCAGGAGGUCGGAUCACCGAACAUGUACAACUCAGCGCUUUGGAAGACCUCUGGACAUUGGCAACACUACGCAGACGAUAUGUUCACCUUUGAUGUAGAGAAGGAGAAAUGGGCCUUGAAACCAAUGAACUGUCCUGGCCACUGUCUGAUCUUCCGACACCGCGAACGAAGCUACCGUGAGCUUCCCAUCCGUAUGGCCGACUUUGGUAUUCUCCACCGAAAUGAAGCCUCUGGAGCAUUGACAGGACUUACCCGAGUCCGUCGUUUCCAGCAAGACGACACGCACAUCUUCUGUACGGAAGACCAAAUCACUGAAGAGAUCUCUGAGCUAUUCGAUUUCUUGAGGGAGGUCUACGGCAAGUUUGGCUUUACCUUCAAGCUCAAGCUUAGCACGCGUCCGGAAGGCCAUCUUGGAGCCAUUGAGACCUGGAACAAGGCCGAGUCUAAGCUCACAGAAGCUCUUGAUAAGUUCACUGCUGAGGGAGGUGAUAAAUGGGAACUGAACCCUGGUGACGGUGCCUUCUACGGACCCAAGAUUGACAUCACCAUCUCCGAUGCCCUGAAACGUGAGUUCCAGUGCGCAACAAUCCAGCUCGACUUCCAGUUGCCAAUCCAAUUUGAGCUUGAGUACAUGACCUCCGAGGUGGCCACAAAGCCCAAGGAAGAUGCGAAGGCCAAGGAUGAGACUGUCGAGGUCGCCGAUGCCGGCGAGGCCAAGAAGGACGUCAAGAAGGUCAAGGAACCUCAGCCUGGAUACGCCCGUCCUGUUAUGAUCCAUCGUGCUAUUUACGGAUCGUUCGAGCGAUUCAUUGCCAUUCUCACAGAGCACUUCGCGGGUCGCUGGCCUUUCUGGAUCUCCCCUCGCCAAGUCAUGGUCAUUCCAGUCAUGCCUGCAGUCAAUGAUUAUGUGAAGGAGGUUCAGAAGAAACUGAGAGAACAGGGUCUCCAUGCCGACAUUGACAUUAGUGGAAAUACCAUGCAAAAGAAGAUUCGUACCGCUCAGCUACAACUUUACAACUUCAUCUUCGUCGUUGGUGCUGAAGAGAGGGACAGCCAGACUGUCAACAUUCGCAACCGUGACGACCAAGGUACACAGCAGCGAGGCGAGAUCAUUCCUCUUGCCACCGCCAUCCAGCAGUUGACGGCCUUGCGAGACGAGAGGAGAUUGGAGAACAAGAUCUAAGCAUGAUCACAGGUUAGAAUGCUUGUUGGUAUCUUCUUGAAGACGAAAAGAAUCUUCAAGCCGGGAGAUGUUGAAUUUUAGGGUUUAUACGUUUAUUCACCAAUGAGGUCAUGGGAAGGCGCUUCGGUGGAAGGAAUGACAAAAUCAGUGAGUGCCUAGGUAGGUAUCUUACAACCAGUUCCAUUGCUGGAAAUAUAAGGGAAUAAAUUACUUCUACA